AUGGCGCCGCCGGAGCUCAUGGACGACCUCAUCGGCGAGAUCCUCCUCCGCCUCCCGCCGGAAGAUCCAGGGUGCCUUGUCCGCGCGUCCCUCGUCUGCAAGCCCUGGCGUCGCCUCCUCUCCGAUCCGAGCUUCCCCCGCCGCUACCGCGAGUUCCACGGAGUGCCACCCCUGCUCGGCUUCCUCCACUACGUCAAAAAGUGCGGAGAUUUCCUUAGCCCCUUCUUCCCCAGCUUCUUCCCCAUCAAAGAAGCUUCUCCUAUCCUCAACCCCCCGCCGGAGCCUAAAUCCUAUAUCCUCGACUGCCGCCACGGCCGCGUGCUCCUCUUCAACUACAGUAACAAAGAUCUCAUCGUGUGGGACCCCAUCACCAACAGCCGGCAGGACCUUGGGUGGCCUCCCAAGUUGGAGCACUAUUUCUGCUUCAGGGCAGCGGUGCUCUGUGCCUUGGACGGCUGCGACCACCUCAGUUGCCGUGGUGGUCCCUUCCUCGUGGUCUUAGUAGCCAUCGACUUCCCAAACGAGAUUGGCGGUGACGGUGCAUCAGCUAGAACCUACUCAUCUGAGACUGGCGCAUGGAGUACAGGUGUCUCAUCACUUCACGUUGGCUUCCCCAUGAAUGGCCACAAGAUGAUUGGGAGCAGCCUACUUGCCAGAGGCGCCCUAUAUUUCAUGCUCGAUAAAGGCCGGAGCAUCCUCAAGUAUGACUUGGCUGGGUGUGGCAUGUCGGUGAUGAGCGCACCACCCUUCACUGGCCCUGUGGGAAACAUGGUGCUCGUCAAGGCAGAGGGCGGCGGCCUGGGAGCCUGCGGUGUGGAGGGCCACAACCUGCACCUGUGGGCGUGGCGGAGUACUGGUGGCCCCAAUGGCGGCAUUCCGGAAUGGGAGAGGAGCAGGGUUAUGGAUAUCCAGCUUGACAUUGCUGACCUGUCUACACAGCUUGAUGUAGUUGAUUUUGCGGAAGGUGCUGGUUCCAUGUUCGUAUUGGCAAACAAGGACGUCUUUGCUGUUGACCUAAAAUCUGGCCGGGCCAGGAAGAUAGGAAAGCGAGGGAGGUUCAAGGUCAUCUUUCCCUUCAUGAGCUUCUAUAGCCUCAUGCCCACUGAUUUAUUUCCACAGUCGUAA